AUGAAUUCUAGAGACCUGCGAAUGCCGGACGCCUUUGAGGGGACCAAGUCACCGUCUCUGCCUCUUCGCAAUCCCCUUCAUCCGUCGGUCGUCGACCAGCUUGACCCUGCCUUUGUCAAAUUAUACAAUGACUACAUCGCAAAUGGCCCUCCCAUUUCUAAGGAUCUGAAUGUUGUUCGCCAGAACUAUUCUGCGCUCUAUUCUUAUGCAGCGGCCCCAGCGACCGGCGUCGGUGGGAUUGGUGAAACACAAGUGCCAGGUUGGGACAAAUACCCAGGAGACAUCAAUGUGCGUGUCUUUGUGCCCCCUGGGGAAGAGCCAGGAAAGCGCAAAGUCUGGCCGGUCCAUUUCAACUUCCACGGUGGUGGCUGGGCGGUAGGCGAUCUCGAAACAGACGCACACAUCUGCCACCACAUCUGUGCCUCUGUGCCGUGCUGUGUCAUCGAUGUCGAAUAUCGCUUAAUCCCCGAGUACCCUUUUCCCAUAGGGAUCAUGGACGGCUUAGCCGCAGUGGUGCACGUCCUUGGGAAUCACAAGACGUUCUCCAUCGACCCGGCUAACAUAACAUUCGGCGGAGAAUCAUCAGGCGCUACGAUAGCACUCAUUCUCAAUCACCUUUUCCGCGAUGGCGGCUUCGGCGAGAAAUUGAAGGGAGUCAUCGUUGGGACACCUACCAUCAGUGAUGUCAAGAAAUAUGCGACCCCAGACCAGAGCCCUUGGCCUAGUAUGCGGGAAGCCGAGUUUGCGCCCCUUCUCAAUUGGGACAAGCUGAAAUGGUUUGACACCUUCAAAUGGAUGUCCGUUGGAGCACAGCAUCCUACCAAACCCAAAGAACAAAAGCGCGACAUGUCAUGGUUCGCAGAUGCGCUGAAUGCUCCAGACUUCACAAACCUGGCGCCGCUGACCUAUGUGGCCACAGCUGAGGUGGACCCACUCAGGGAUGAGGCCGAAGCGUAUGCGAAAAGGGUCGAAGAAGCCGGCAACCAAGUUGUUUUGAGGAGGUUCAACGGAGUUCCGCACCACUUUAUGCACAUGGACCGCCUGUUGCCUCAGGGCCGCGAAUAUGUUCAGGAUGUCAUCUCGCACAUUCGACUUUGCUUAUAUCCAGCUUCCGCUCCUUCAGGGUCUGCCACAACUGGUCCUCCCGUGACAUGA